AUGACGUACGAUUCGUACGAUUCCACUCCAGAGAUUGGACAAGGCAUAAGCGUUUUAUUGGCAACAACUUGUCCAUUUAUCCUUUAUACAUCUGCCAUUAUUUUUGGCAUCAUCCCAUUCUGCACCGUCUUGUACUUGAUGACGCACAAACACAACGCCUCCAUAAGAGGCUUUGAAUACUACCAGUGCGCGCAACUCAGCUUGCUCGUAGUUCUCUUCUGUACAGACGUCACCUGCAUCAACAUUCUCGCAUGGUGUGUAUCGAAGCCAGUGCCAUCCACGCUGCCAAUAAUCGCCGCAAAUCUUUGCGUGGUGCCGUACAUGUGCGGCUAUUUCCCACGGCAAUAUUCCUGGCCUCGUUACCUUUUGCCAGAAGUUGUAUUGGAAGAGCUGCUAUACAUCACACGCCAGCAGGAGACGAACUGGGAAGAAUGGGGGAGCCAGGACACCACCCUAUGCGGUGAUGAAAUGGACGACGAACAAAUAGACCAUGAGGGUGACACUGAGCCGCUGCUACGAGAAUGGCUAGACGAGCAACGGCUGCUGAACCAAAUGGAUUCUGACGAUACUGACGACGAUACGGAGUCGUCAUACUCAACGCUUUCCACUGUGGAUUCCGAGAUGGACUUUUGGUUCAGCUAUGGUGGGAGCAGAUACGAUGGUGACGGCUCUCCGCUAGUAGCGUAG